AUGAAGAUGGACUCUUUCCUCUGGGAUGACUUUAGUCCUAUGAUACAGAACAGGGCCAUGGAGCAAAUCGUCACACCAAUGACUGUCCAGCUUUGUCAUCUGCUCAUCUCAGUGGAGAGGAGAGAUGUACAGAAUGAAGCCUUUACCUCCUUGCAGAAGGUGGCAGAGGAACUGGCCAAUGCUAGUGAGGAGUUUGUGCAUGUUGCCGGCAGGCUGGUGGCCGACUCCGAGGAGGUGUGGUUUCAGGAGGAAAUGCAGCCAGUGGCGGAGUCUCUAAGCCUCUCUGGGAGGAACAUCCUGAUGGUAACAGAGAAACUCCCCCUGCAGCCUGAGAGUCAGCGUCAUUGGGAGGAGCUAGUGGCCACCGCUCAGCAGAUCCUGGUGGACACUACCAAGAUCUUGCUCCUCGAAGACGCAGCAAUGGUGAGGAAGACUGUGCCCGCGGCUGGUUGGUGUCUGACGUGCUUGGAGGCUCUGGAGGCCGCAGAGGACGCCACGUCGCUGCACGCCUCGCUUGCUGACCUGGCUGCUGCGCUGCUGCAACUGGGCAGCCUGACCACGCGCUGGGCCUGGGACGAACGCCUGGGUCGAGUUCGCCACCGAUUAGGGUGCUGCAUCCCAGAGCUGCUCGCAGCCACCCGCGGCCACCUCCGGCACCCGUGCGAUCCGCAGCUGGUGGCUUCACGGCGCCGCGUCUUUGCUCUGACCAGGCAGAGCCUCAGAGAGCUCCUGGUUGUGUUGCAGCUUGGCGUCGCAGGGCCCAGUGCGCGCUCUCAGAAUGGAGCAUUGGCGCAUCGUCUGCAGAAGCUGCGACAGGUCCUGGAGGAGCCCGGGCCCAGUCCCCUGCGUGGUGGGCUGUUGGACGCGCCACUGGCCGCCGUGGUGUGGCACUGCCUGCGCCUAGCCGCCUGCUCCGCGCCUCAGGAGAGGAUGCACCUAGUGUCCCAUUGCCGCCAGCUGCUGCAGCUCCGCCCCAGGGUGCACCGGCCUUCCCAGCCCAGCUCAGGGGCAGAAUGGGAAGCUCUGCGGGCCGCGACUGAUGCGCUCUAUCAGGGAGUCCGAGCUGGGUUACUGCGCCAGAUUCUGGACACGUUCACAGAUACCCAAAGUCCUCUAGAGAGGCUGGUCCAGGCUGCCUUGACGACUUCCACUAUCAGGUCCCCGUGCAAUAGCGAAGCCCUGGCAGAGACUCUCCAGCUUCUCCUUGAUGCUUUCCACAACCAAGCGAAGCAAAUGAUCCGAGUGGCACGCUUGGUUUGGGUCUGCUGCCCCCAACAGCAAACUGGCAGAGACGUGGAGGCUGCCGCGGCAGGUCUUUGGGGGCUUGUGGUCAAAACGAAGGAACUCUUUUCCCAAAGUUCCCAAACACGUGGCCUGGACUGGAGCCCUGCCUCCCUGCAGGCAUUGCUUGAGGCCUGGGCCAGGGAAUCCGAACACCUCUUGGCAUGCUUUGAUGUCGUUCUCGAUAUUCCUGAAUUCCUGAGUUUGUCCAUCCAGGAAAUGACCGAACACUUGAACCUGUACACAAGGGUUCUGAGGAGCGGAGCGUCCAGAGAGUUUUCCAGCUCUGUGGCGUUCUUACGCAGAAGAGCCACACACAUAGUACAAGUGAUGAGCAGGUAUGUGGGUCAAGACCCAGAUCCCAUUUUCCGAAACGGGAUGAGAGUCGUGGUCCAGCAGCUGGCGCAGUCUUCCUUGACGCUGGCUGCAGCCACUGAAGGCAGCACAGGUGGAGGCAGCGCUCAGGACACAGGUGCCUUUUUAACUAUGGCAAAACAUCUCAUCUAUUCAGCUCAGCAAGUCCAUGAGGGGCUGGAUGGGACCAACCACCCAGACAUCCUCAGCCCGCUUCGAUUCCAGGUCCAAAGGUUUGAUAUUGCCAUGCGAUGGCCUUAUAUCAUUCUCCCCAGCCUCCAGAAUCCCACAGCUCCCACAAUGAAAUACCAGCAGGUACCUGGGUUAGAGGAAAGCGGUGCAAACAGCUCUUUCCCACCAGUAGAACCACUUUCCUACCGAGGGGUCCCUGACCCCUGCAAACAGGGGUGGGGCUCCCCGUUCCUUACUGUCCGCAAAGUCAUCACUACUAUGGAGAAGCAGGAUCACCGGGUAGUGACCUCACCACGCACCAACUUGCCAGAGCAGGAGUCGUCUGUGAAUACAGCCCAAGAAACCCAGGCUGAGGAAGAAUCCCUGGGGCCAGAAAGGACAACAAAACUACACGAAUUUUCAACAGUGGUACCUUUGAUUACUGACCUAGCCAAGGAGGAAGUCCAAAGCACAAAUACUAGAAGUGACAGGCUUCUGGGAGUGGCUUUUCAGCAAUCUGUGAAGACCAGGGAAGCCAGGCAGGCUCUGGUAGUCAGGGCUGGUGACUGGUACCGUCUGUGUCAACAACUAUUUCUCCAUAGCUUAACGGCUGAAUUACCAGGGAGCAUGGCAGCAUUUAUGGAGCUUCAGCAGAAUUUGGCCUCAAUGGUUCAACUAGCAGGCAAAAGUGGCCUGGUGAAGAGCCCUGACCCAAUGGAGCACCCAGGAGUGCUUUUAGAGCUACAAAGCAGACUGGAAAAAACAGAGAUCCAUGCUCAACAGCUGUUGGACCACGUUCUGUCCUCUGAUGGUCUCCAAGCCUCCAAGUUGAGGGAAGAGGACAUUGACAGUGAGUGCCUUCUGUGGGCAGCAGCUGUCCAGGACCUGGUGCAGAGCAUGGAGAGACUCAGCAGGAGACAAGGCCUCUUUCUACUGCCCCUGCAACAAGCCGUGAAGAACCAGAAAGGGUUGCAGGAAGGGUUAGAUCAGGCAGCAGAUGUUUCUCAAAGGUUACAAGAGGCUGCUGAGCUGUCUAGUGUUCUGUGUGGGGAUGAGCAGGUAAAGGGUGAGGUCUCCUUUCUGCGUGGGCAAGUUCACAUACUCACAGAUGCAUUGCUGGAGGUGGCACACAUCUUGGUUUCCUCUGCCAAGCCAUGUCCCAGUCUUUCCACACGCUUUGAGCUUCUCUGCUUGGAACUCAGCCUGCGAGCCAAGGCUCUGACUGACUAUCUGAGUAGUAUCAAUGCUGUCUAUGAGCAAAUGUUCCAAGAUGCUGUCGGCAAGAGCUCCCAGACAAGGAUGCUGUCUGUCAUCCAAGCUGUGCAGGGAAUCAUAGCAGGAGGUCAAGAGUCUGGAUCCUUCCAGGAAGACCUUCUUGUGUCUCUAGAGAACAUGCUCAUGCUCACUAAGGAGGUAGCAAAGAGGGUUCCUGUGCUCCAAGAAUACCCAGAGGAGCUGGGGUUGCAUAUGCUGAACCGGCUUCAGUGGGAAUGGGCAGCCAAGGCCCACCAUGCAGUGACUCAGCUCCAGGCCUUGGAAGGUUGUCACACUGAGGCCUGGAGACUCCUGGUCCAAUGCUUGAAACCCAGGGAGGAGCCAGCAAAGGGCCUAGAAGAGGAUCCCAUCCAGCUCCAGCCACACUGUAAAGAGGGUGCACCAGGAACCACUGAAGGGGGCAGUGGGAAUUCUCAGGAUGCUGUUCCCAAAGGCACCCCAGAAAGCUCAAUGGGGACCUGUGCAGAUGUGCUAGCCACCACUGGAACCACCACAGCAGACGUGAUCAUGCACCAGAGUGGCAGCCCCUCUCUGCCUUCUGCUCAGAUGGACCAGACUGUUCCAGACCAUGGCAGUGCACACAGUGAGAGCAGAAUCACCCAGAUCACACAAGAGAUGGCCAAGGAGAUGCUCCUGAUGGCUCAGAGCUUGAAGAAGAGAGGGCCAGGCCUGACCAAAGAUCAGCUCAUUGCCUCAGCCAAAAAAAUCUCAGCUUCCGGAAAAAACGUCACCAGACUCAUUGGCAUCAUUGCUAAGAACUGCAUAGAUCAGAGAUGUUCCCACGAGCUUCUGUGUAUGGUGGAGCAGAUUCAAACCAUGUGCAGCCAGCUCAGCAUCAUCUCCAGUGUAAAGGCCUCCCUAGCAAGAAGCAAGUCCUCUGAAGAGCUCCUUGUGGAAAAUGCACAGCGGCUCCUCCAGGCUGUCUCCAAGACAGUGAGGGCCGCAGAAGCCGCCUGUCUUCGGGGUUUGAGAUGGCCUUCUUCAGAUCCAGAGGAGCUGGAGGUUGCUGCCUUUUGCUCACAGUGGAAGAGGAAACUCCUACACCACCGCCUUCAAGAAGCCUCAAGCAAAGACUGUGAUGAGCUGGGCUUACGAAAAACAAGCACGAGGACCCUCCCCACGCUGGCAGCCCUGGUUCAAGAAGCCUUAUAA